GCUCUCACUGUGUGAAUGCAAGUUAGCCGGCGAAGCAGUCAGUGAGAGAGGGAAAGUGUGUGAGGUGCAGAGUCUGUGUGUGUGUGUGUGUGUGCGUGUGUGUGUUACAGAGAGAGAGAGAGAGAGAGAGAGAGAGAGAAGAGAGAGAGCCAGGCAGCCGGUGCGGUGUUUUUAAAGUGAACGAUACAUCCUGCUCCAUUCCUCUGCCUCUGUUUGGAAUAUACCACUAACACGGACUCACCCUUUGGACUAUCCCCACUGUUCCUCCUCCUCUUGCCUUUGAAGGGACACCUGUGUGUGUGUUUGGUGUGUGUGUGUGUGUGUGUGUGUGUGUGUUUGUGUAUGUGUGUGUGUGAGCCAAGACAACGGACUUAGCCCCUGAGAACAGGGAACAGUGGAUGACUUCAGCGAAUGAGGGUUUUGCUGGUGGAAACAGGGUUGCUGCUGACCAUGGACUCCCCUCACUUGUGAACGGGGGAGGUGCAGAGGAGCGGCUGUGUCCGGUCAUCAUGUGCACGCGGGCCUUUCCUGACCCCGUCCCUGAGUGCCAGCUAUUCCCGGGAGAGGUGGAGGAGCCUGAGGAGGCAGACGAGGGCAGGGAGAGGGAGAGGGAAUCAGACAGAGACAGUGCAGUGGAAAGCACCCUAGGGUCUGACACCUCCGACGGGCCCAUUAGACCUGGAGACAAGGGAGACAUUCUGGGAGAUCUCUUUUUCUCUGGGGUGAAGGGUGGUCAAACCAGCGCCUCAGUGACCUCUGACUUAUCAACACGCUCCUCUGCUUCUCUGAACGAGGAGCAGUUUGAAGACUACGGUGAAGGGGACGAACCAGACUACAUUCCCAGCAGCCCCUGCCCGGACGACGAGACUCGAACCAACGGGUACUCAGACCUCGGAUCAUCUGUUCCCUCUAGUGCCGGCCAGACUCCUCGUAAGGUGCGUCAGCAUUACACCGGCGAACUCAUGGAUGUCUACUGUUCUCAGUGCAGCAAAAAGGUCAACCUGCUGAAUGACCUGGAGGUUCGCCUCAAAAACCUCAAGUCUAACAGCCCCAACAGGAAAAUCUCCAGCACUGCUUUUGGAAGGCAGCUGCUUCACAACAGCAACUUGAGCAGCAGUAACGGCAGCACUGAAGACCUCUUCAGAGACAGCAUCGACUCCUGCGACGUCGACAUCAAUGAGAAGGUCACUUUUCUGGAAAAGAAGGUGGCAGAACUCGAGAAUGAGAUUCUGAUGAACGGUGAUAUCAAGUCUAAGCUGAAGCAGGAUAACACACAGCUAGUACACAGGGUUAAUGAGCUGGAGGAGCAGCUGAAAGAUCAGGAGACACGAGGAGAACAAAAUCUGCAGGAGGAGCUAAGACGACACCGGGAGUCCUACAGCAAGAUGGAGAGAGACAAGGACACACAGAUAGAGCUGCUGACCAACCGAGUAAAGCAGGUGGAGGAGGAGAGCAGUGAGAUGACGCUUAACAUGUCCCGGCUUAAAUCACAGUCAGAAAAACUGGAUGAGGAGAAGCAGAGGAUGACGGACAAGCUGGAGGACACCAGUUUGCGCCUGAAGGACGAGAUGGACCUCUACAGGAAAAUGAUGGACAAGCUGAGACAGAACAGACUCCAAUUCCAGAAAGAAAAGGAAGCCAUGCAGGAGCUCAUAGAGGACCUGCGUAGGGAGCUGGAGCAUUUGCAGCUGUUCAAGCUGGAGGCAGAAAGGCCUGGCCGCAGUCGCAGCUCCUCCACCGGGCUGGCAGACUUCAACAGCAGGACCAGGGAGAUGGAGCUAGAGCAUGAGAUCAAGAGGCUCAAGCAGCCAUUUGUGUCCCAGGACUUUCUUCUCCCUGAAUUCCAGCACCUGCUGUUGUCUGGGGCUCGGCUCCGUCCUGGUCUGAUGGAGAAUCAGAAGCUGAGGGAGCAGAACGACGAGCUCAACGGUCAGAUCCUCAGCCUCAGUCUAUAUGAAGCUAAGACCCUGUUCGCUACACAGACAAAGGCCCAGUCUCUAGCUGCUGAGAUAGAAAACGCCUCCAGAGACCAGUUAAUGGAAGCCCUGAAAGAGCAGGAAGAAAUCAACAUACGACUGCGACAGUACAUGGACAAAAUCAUUCUGUCCAUCCUGGACCACAACCCCUCCAUCCUGGAGAUCAAGGGCGACUAGCAGUGACUCAGCUGGAGUGAGAAUCGUUCCCGGUCUCGAGAGCAUGAAGAUCAUUCCAGUUGUUUGAUCAGAACCUGCCUCCUGAGUCAGGAAUCUGUACAGGACAAUAGAGACAACCAGUGCCAGUCUUAGAAACUGGAACAUAAAUAGACACACAUCGCCCCCUGCUGUUUAUGGCAGGGAAGGAAAUUGUACAUUGGGAUUAAGUGCUGAACUAAAGGGAGUUUUUCUCUUCCGCAGGUCAUAAUACUGUGACUCUUCAACUUGAUCUGUCCUGCUCUUUUUUUUACUCACUGUCUAUGCUGUGAACUGUAGAUACUUUUAUCUCAUACGACAAAACAGGAAUAUCCUGCGCUCAACAUGCUUUGAGGAAUAACGGAGUCGCUGAAAGAAGUACACUGGACAUAUGUACCUUCACAUAAAAACUGAAACAAUGUAACAAACCUGAUACGGGUUCUAUUGUAUCCUGGUGUAAUAUGGGCUGUAUUCUCUGCAGAUAGAAAGUUUGGUAUGAUGUUUUUGGGGAAAAUACUUUGAAGCAGACUGUAAACCGGACUCUCGGAGGCAUGAAGGCAGGCCAGUCGAGUGUUGCCUGAUCUGUAAACUGCCCAUCUUUUCUCCUCUGACAUGUAGGUGUUUGUUGACGAUGAAUUUGGAUAGGCACGUUUUUUAAAAGAGGAUUGAGAAAAGUGUUAAGAGAAAGAGAAGGAUAAGAGCGCAUUUAGCUACAAGGGUAACGUUUUGAAAUAAAGCAUCUCUUUCAGAUUGAAGUGGUGCGCAACAGAUGAUGGACCAUGUAUGCAAGCAAAGGAGGGUUUUAGUAAAGUCCGAGAAGGUACAUUGAAGGUGAAUUUUUGUGAACAUGUCUUCCAGUAACCUUGCAACAGCACUUGCAGUGUCAAUCAGUCCAAUAGUGGCCCUUAGUUUGUGCAGAUGCGUAGUCGAGUGUCACUUUAAGGAGCAAAAGCUGCAACCAAGGAGUGUCUUUAAACUGUAACGUCUGAGGCGCACACAUUGGCUUGGAUAGGUACAUUGUUGCUAGCAAUAUACCCCAAUGAUGUUGCACAGAAAAGUAAAGCUAUGAAUGUACAGGGUGGAUUUACGUUGAAGUGACUGGAAGCCAUUGUAACAUGGUUUACUAAAUAAUCUCUCUUUGCUCAGUGAAAUCAACUCAGAUAUUGUAUGUGAGCAUGCACAGGAGACUCACUUUCUGGUACAAAAACUGGAUUAGCAAUCUCUCUCAUUAAAGCCUACAUGUUGCAAAUUGUUUUUUGAGCCCUUUGAAACUCUCUAAUACUGUAAAUAUGAAUGUACAACUGGAUAUUUCACUUUCUGUGAGGCUAAAAAAGGCUUGUAGUUGGUCAAGAUGUGUUGAAACACACAUGUACAGUAUUAGGCACUGUAAUGAAGAAGGCAUUGUUGGGGGAGGGGAAACAAUUUCAAUCUGCUGUAUCAUGUUAUUAUUCCAAAACAUAGGUUUUGCUUCCUUGCACAAGAAAAAACAUGUUUGUUUCCUUAUGCAUGGUUCACCUUUUCUUCUGUCUGUGCCUUUGAGGACAUUUUUCAAGACGAUGUGCUAUAGAUUUACAUAGUUUUUUGAAGGUGCAUUCUAUGUCUACGUCUGACAUAUUUUUUUGACUUGUAAAUGUUGUAAUUAUAUAGUGAUUUGUAUUCAUGUGCCACUCACCACUCUUUUUCAGAUUGAUACUAUAAAAACUAUUUUAUACAGUUUUAUCAAAAAAUAACUUGUGAUUCUUUAGGUGUCGUUUUAGAAAAGCGUUAUAGCACAAUGCUUUGUACGGUACAGAGGUCAGCAUUUUGGGAACAUUUUGUCAAGAGUCAAUGUAAUGACUUUUUCAAUGCAGUUGGGGAUGUUUUGUUUCAUUUCUCAAUUUGUUUUGUUAGUCACGCUAAGUUAUUUGCUUUUCAACCUGCUUUGAACUGGCUUUUUAUGGUUGUAAAUUGUCUUCCUAACUUAAACUAAAUGGUGAGCAUUAUGAGCAAUAUUAACUUAUUUACUGAUUCCUGCAGAUUUGUGUCUUGUUUUUGCUUCACAAAUCGUUUCAUUCUAUAGCUGCUCGUGCCAUUCUAGAUUUAAGAAAAUGAAUAAACGAUACAUUAAGCUGUAAACUUGUCACAAA